AUGCCCCCGCCUGAUUUUUCAUCGCCAACCUCGUCUCAAGCCGUGUCACCUUCGCAAAAGAAUGCGCGAAACAAUCAGUACGACAUGUUGAGCUCCCCGCCAGUCCCUCCGCCGAGGACGUCUUCUGCACACCAGAGCCGUCGCAGCCCCAACGGAGAUAAAGCUGGUUCGCGCCCCAGCAAAAGCCGCUCUGAUCGCAAAGACAAUCGGGAACGACCCCGCGAAGACCGCAAUGGAAAGACGCGAUCACGCCGUCCCGCACCUGGAGAGGACUCCACGAGAGAGUCGGGGAGAUCCAGAGAGCAAUACUCAGAGUCCACAAGCCAAAUUCAGUCGGGUAUGGAGGACAGUUCCGGCCCGGAAUUGGCGAGAGAGCCGAGCACGGUGAUCAACUCAGUGUUGGUCAGUGAUCCCAUGGUGGACAGAGAGAGGGAACAGGUGCGACAAGUUGGUGGUGUCCCCGCCGCCGCAAUGGCGGAUGAGCCAACCAUGUCGGCUUAUGGACCCGAAGCUGCCGAGGACGGAAAUCGCGCAGGAUAUCGCAGUCGGCAUGACUACAGCAACAACGGCAAGGAUCUCAAGCGAAAGGAGACCACCUUCGGCACGUAUAUUCUCGGUCAGACCCUUGGCGAGGGUGAAUUUGGAAAGGUCAAACUUGGCUGGAAAAGAGAUGGGAGCAUUCAAGUCGCCAUCAAACUGAUCCGACGCGAAACGCUUGGAUCAAACCCCAACCGAUUGCCCAAGAUUUAUCGCGAGAUCUCCAUCUUGCGUGAUCUGGCUCACCCAAACAUCGUGCGUCUGCAUGAGAUGGUAGAGACUGAUCGUCAUAUUGGAAUUAUCAUGGAAUAUGCUUCGGGUGGAGAGCUUUUCGAUUACAUUCUGAACAAUCGCUACCUGAAAGACAACUCGGCCCGUCGAUUAUUCGCGCAGCUGGUGUCGGGCGUGGGAUACCUCCACAAAAAGGGCAUCGUUCACAGGGACUUGAAACUCGAAAAUCUACUGCUGGACAGAAAUCGCAACAUCAUCAUUACCGACUUUGGCUUCGCCAAUACUUUCAACCCAGUGGAUCAACUGGAAGAAGAGAUCGAGUACAACUUGACCAACAAAGACUAUGUCAAGCGGAAGCGUUUGGACAAAUUAGGUCCGGACGGAUACCGCCGUGGAGACUUGAUGCAAACCAGCUGUGGUAGUCCCUGUUACGCAGCUCCGGAGUUGGUCGUGAGUGAUUCGCUCUAUACUGGGCGAAAGGUGGACGUGUGGAGCUGUGGUGUUAUUUUGUAUGCCAUGCUUGCUGGAUAUCUGCCAUUCGAUGAUGACCCGGCUAAUCCUGAUGGCGACAAUAUAAAUCUCCUCUACAAAUAUAUCGUCACCACUCCUCUCACGUUCCCCGAAUACGUGACUCCUCAUGCUCGCGAUCUCCUGCGACGAAUCUUGGUUCCCGAUCCACGCAAACGUGCCGAUCUUUUUGAGGUCGCUCGUCACAGCUGGUUGAACGAAUACUCGCACAUUGUUUCGCACAUUACCAGCAGCACCACUGACGUGGCAGAUAUUGCCAACACGACAGUACCUACCGGUAUGAGUGCUCGGUGGAUCAUUUCACAGUCUGUGUCCAGCUCGCUAACCACUACAAUCUCAAAUACAGAAACGAAGGUUCAGUCACCCCCAACUCUUGCCCGCAGCGCAUCCGUUCGCGAGCCACCGAAGACCAGCCAUGGACCAGUACCGGCUGUUGGUGGACUCAAUCACCAGGCGGGCGACAUCUCACAAGGAUCCCCAAGCGACAAGUCCAAGGCGUCUCGUGACACCAAGCGUAGGACUGUACAGGUCGAAUACGUUGCUCCUCAGUCGCAGACCGCGAGAGGAGAGCUUCAGGAGCUUCCAGAAUCGCAAGCCCGCGAGGCUGACGCUGAGGCCUCGCAACCUCCUGCCCCUCCAGCCAAGGACUAUCCUGUUCGAACGACUGCGAGGCCCCCAGUUAGCUACGACAAACCCUUACCAGGACAUUUCCCCCGGUCGACUUCAGACACAUCUGCAUUCACGGGCACUCACACAACUGCCACGGCAGGGUUCUCGUCUGCCCGGCCGACGACAGGCGCGUCCAUGGCAUCUUUUCACACCGGUCGUCUUCCGUCACGCGGCUCAUAUGGCCAGCCGGUGGCUCCUACUGUGACAGCAACCAAUACUGAAGGUCGCCUCGCUCAACCGAAGAGUGGACAAUUCGCUCUAGGACCGAAUCCUGUCCAGCCACCGACAUCGACCAUGGGCAGGCCCAGCACACAACAACUUCCUCCGGCAUUUAAUCCAACCCCUCGACAAGAGCCUCCGAAGGGUCAUAAGCGCUCGAACACAGUCUCCAGCCUGGGUGAGAAGCUUUUUGGACGUUCAGGCUCCAUACUAGGCAGUCGCAAUUCACCGAACGCCACCUCUCGCGCUGAUCGGCAGAAUAAGCGGUACCCACCAACGAGCAUGAAAGAUCCCAUGCCGCGAGAGGAUUCUCGUGCCUCAAUGGACUCAAGGCGGUCGAUGCAAUACUCGCAUGGUCGUAAAGCUAGCCAGGCUGGUGACGGACGAGCUCGUCGAUUUUCUCUGCUUCCAUCGUCGUUCUCCUUUCGAACGUUCUCUUCCAGCCGUGAUCAGACACCCGAUGAAGUUUCUCAGACGCCACGCACCGCAGGAUCAGUCAGUCAGCAGUACCCAUCAACAAUGAUGUCUCAGGCACGCCCACAACCGACGCCUUAUGGAACCGAUGAUGGCAUGCGGUCAGUGAACGAGGGACCUCUUGAUGAUAAUCAGAACCAUCAUGAUCCGCAACCGCUUAGCUAUGAGGCCCAGAUUGAUCAGCAAUUCGCGGAUCUUGGGAACCACUUCGAUCAACCUCAAGGCUCGUUUGGUGCGAUCUCUACCGAGCCGCGGUACAACCAUAGUGACCAGAGCCGCCCCAGCCGCAACUACACACAUUCAUCGAGACCCACCUACUACGAUGAUUACAACAACGGCAACAAUACAUAUGACAAUGUUCCUCGACAGUCGAUGCAAGCUGGUCGACGGGGACCUAAUGUUCUGCAGAAAAGCCAUCGGAAAUUCGCUGAUGCGUAUGAGUAUGAACGAGACGGCUCGCAUCAUUCUGGCAGCUCGGGUCCGGCCAGAAAAGUUAUGGACUUCUUCCGCAGGCGUGCCAAGUCUCGCGCUGGGGAGUGA